GAUUCCAUGUAACAUAUUGAAGUUUAUUUAAAUGUCAUUUAAUGAGGUGAUAGUCCUCCAAAAGUCAUUGGUUCACUAGCAUUUAGACCUGUACAUGCCUAUUAUUACAUGAUUCCUGCACUCACUGUUAAAAAAAGUAACAUAAAAACAGAACAACACUGGCUGCAUCAAUCACAUCAAUUUAAAUGUGCACACUAUCCACUUUGCUAAUAAAAAAGUAUUGUACAUAAAGCAUAUUGCACACACCCAUGGGCUUAAAACAACAGAAGACAAUUGCACAGUUCCUGAAACAGCGUUGUUUAAAAGGCAGGAGAGAUAAGAUGAGCUGUCACACCCCUUCUACUGACACUGUCUUGUGUUGACACAGUGACAAGGACUCUUUUGAAACCUGUUAUUCAAGUGAGUGAUUAUUUGCUUCACAACCUUCAAGUAAAGGUAUCUGUAUACAUCACCCAAAAACAAAACAUUAAGUCCAUGAACUGUUAUCUUUUUUUUUACUCUUCAUUGUUCCGCAAAUAAAAAGUAAUUAAAUGACGAUUCUUAAGUUAAACAAUUACAUGUUCUUAACCUAUUCAUGCUCACGACUUAAGGUAAAACCACGCUAAGAGUGACUUUAUUAUGUGAUACUGUUCUAUUUGUUUUUAUUUUCGCACAGAUUACUUCCUGUUAGACUUAAUGUUUACUGAAGUUCCGCAUUUUCCAGUCUGCCCUGUUAACUUCAAAAUAAAAGUCUACUACGAAGAGACGUUUGCGUCAGUGUUUCACGACACCAAAGAGUGAAUCCGUGCAAAUGGCGUCAGCAAAUGAUCCAUUUCAAUUUCAGGAAUUUGAUGAGGCUGGCAGCCUGUUAGAAGCCAACAGAGAUUCAACAACCAUCAGCAUUGAGGUUGAACCUGUCAAACCUGAGAAACAGAGAAAAGCUGCUGGUUUAAAUCCUGCUGAUGAGGAUGAUGAAUUUGACAAUGAUGACAAGACAGAGCUCCUCUCUGGGCAACAGAAAAGUGUCCCUUUCUGGACGUUUGAGUACUACCAAAGAUUUUUUGACAUUGAAACCCAUCAUGUGAAGGAAAGAAUUAUUGGAUCAAUGCUGCCAUGGCCUGGAAAGAACUUCAUUCAGCUCUACCUUCGUAGAAACCCCGAUCUUUAUGGACCCAUCUGGAUUUGCACUACUCUUGUGUUUGCCAUUGCCAUUAGUGGAAAUAUAUCCAACUUUCUGGUGCACUUAGGCAAACCAAACUACAGGUAUACCCCAGAGUUUAGAAAAGUGACCAUUGCUGCAACAGCGAUCUUCAGCUAUGCUUGGUUGGUGCCUCUUGCCCUCUGGGGUUUUCUACUAUGGAGAAACAACAAGAUCAUGAACUUGGUGUCUUACUCCUUCAUGGAGAUAUUCUGUGUGUACGGUUACUCACUGUCCAUUUACAUACCUGCAGUGGUGCUAUGGAUCCUCCCAUUUGAAUGGCUGAGGUGGUGCUCCAUCGUGGUAGCUUUGUGCCUCUCUGGCUCAGUGCUGGUGAUGACGCUCUGGCCUGCAGUAAGGGAUGACCACCCCAAAUUUAUUGUCGCAAUUAUGUCUGCUGUUGUGAUGAUGAACAUCCUGCUCGCUGUUGGUUGUAAGGCCUAUUUCUUCAGCAAACCGGAACCAGUACAACAUCUUGACAGCCCCGUCGCAGCGGUGGUGACCAAUUCAACAUGAAAACCUUUCUUUGUGUUAAGAGGGAAUCGGAUUGCUGGGGUGAUGAAGUCAUGGGUCGUCUGGAUUUCACCUACACUUGGACAUUCUGGCUCAACACCCAAAAACCCAAUGUGUGUGUACCUGGUUCAACUGCGUGACCUCUGAAAAUGAACACUUAUACCACGUAUGUUAUUUCUAAUGGGAUGGGUUUUAAAUUUCCUUGAAGAUUAAUGGUGUAUUGAGUUACACUUCACACAUGAUGAAGUUUUAAGGAUGAAAUAUUUUCGAUAAACCAGUAUGUGCAGUAAUGUCCAUGGUAUCUUAGCAAUGCACUUUCUACUUUGGGAACAGUUAGUAUGUGUCUGUACAGGAUUUUCUUGUAUGAACAAUUAUAGGUGUUGGUAAGAUUUUCAGUGGUCAGACUUGUCAUGUAGAGUUUUUUCUUUCUGUUACUGACAAAACCAUGUGUGCCCUUAACUAAUACCAAAGACCCAAGUAAUUUACAACAUGUGUAACUAUAUUUUUUAAAUUUUUUUAUUGUGACAGUUAGGUUAUGAUCUAUUGUAUGGAAAUAAACUUUCAUUGCAAAUAAUA